GCUUGACCGGAUUGGUUCAACUGCUCAGACCUCAAUUCAUCACUUGUUCAGGUCGUUGGUUCACCCCUCCAGUCGUCUCCAAUUGAUACCCCAGCUCCCUCUUUCUUAAAAGUCUUUGUCGGGGUCCUCCCUUAUCCUAUCCUUUGGUCACCGCCAAUCCCUCUUCAGUGCCAUCCCCAACAAUGUCCGGCAAGUACGUUUUCACCAAGGGUCUGAAGGAGCUGCGCUUCCUUUUCUGCCAGACUUCAGAGAACAGCGCUAGCACAAGGUCCUUCCUGCAGCGCGCAUACCCCACUAUGAAGAAGCAUAACCCUCACGUCCCCAUCCUGAUGCGCGAGGCCAGCAAUACUGUGCCUAGGGUGUAUGCCAGAUACGCAUUUGGCAAGGAGUCACUCGAGCCAUUGGCCGGCUUGUCGGAUGCACAGAUCGAAGAAAAAGUUACCAAACUCGUGAAGGAGUCUUCAUAGCGACUUUCCCACACUUCCGUAUAUGUCCAUGCAUCGUGUUCAAAUCGUCAACCAUUGUAUCUAUAGAUGAA